CUUCCACUGUACAUCUUUCAUUGUCUAAUAACAUAUUCUACCGGUCGCAUAUCCUGGACAUAUAAUGGCUUCUCAACCAAUUUCAAUGCCUUCCAUCGCCGGAACAGCAGAUCUCAAACCCUCAGGCCAAACUUCUAGCCAACCCAAGCCUUGUUGCGUAUGCAAGGAGGAGAAGGCCGCCCGAGAUGAAUGCAUGCUAUUCAGCAAUGCCAAAGACCCCCAGAAAGACUGCGCGACGACGAUCGAGAAGUACAAGACUUGUAUGGCGGGAUUCGGAUUCCAACUCCCUUAACGGGCUUGAGGCUGUAGGAAAGCACUUUCGGGGAUGAUGAUGUUGUGUACAAUAUGUACAAUAUUAUGGGGGCGUAGCAUUGCCAGGCGCAUUGGGUAAAGGUUGUACAUCCAUGAACUUAGAGAAAUCACAACUCCGGAACGGAUUGCAGAUUUGGGGAUCGUGAUAGUUCAUUGCCAGCCAUUGAAGGAAGCCA